UAAAACAUGAAACCAUUGCUCACUCGUGUCGGCUGUUUGUCGUGAAGACACAGAUCUCUUUAUUAUGUCUGGACGCGGCAAGCAGGGCGGUAAGGCGCGCGCUAAGGCCAAGACGCGCUCGUCUCGCGCCGGGCUACAGUUCCCGGUGGGCCGGGUGCACCGCCUGCUGCGCAAGGGCAAUUAUGCCGAGCGGGUCGGGGCCGGCGCGCCGGUCUACCUGGCGGCGGUGCUGGAGUACCUGACUGCUGAGAUCCUGGAGCUGGCGGGCAACGCGGCCCGCGACAACAAGAAGACGCGCAUCAUCCCGCGCCACCUGCAGCUGGCCAUCCGCAACGACGAGGAGCUCAACAAGCUGUUGGGCCGUGUGACCAUCGCUCAGGGCGGUGUCCUGCCCAACAUCCAGGCGGUGCUGCUGCCCAAGAAGACCGAGAGCCACCACAAGGCCAAGGGCAAAUAAUGCCGUGGAUCACCUCGCAAGGAACCGAGUCCAAACUAAAGGCUCUUUUCAGGGCCGCCCAUCUUUUCGCAGAAAGAACUGAACACUGGUCAAGUGGUGUCAGAAGUUAGGGUUCCUUUCCCCGGCUAAUUUGGCACAGGGGCCUCACUGCACAACUGGACCCCACGGCUAGAGACCCAGCAGGCAACCCCUUACAGAGGCCUGAGCUGCUGACCCAGAAGCGGGUGUUCGGCCGAGAGCUUGUGGUCGCGCUGGGGAAGGCAGUCAAGGCUACCUGUGCCAUCCAAGUGCGAGUCACCGUCGCUCCCAACACCUCUCGGGGUCAGCAAAGUGCUUGAUGUGCGUGUGCUAACUCAUGUCAGCCGCGCGCGUGUUUUCCUCUCAAGCGCUGCGGAGGGCUAGGGAUAUAGGUCAGUUGGUAGAGUGCUUGCCUUGCAAGCACAAGGCCCUGGGUUCAAUC